GCUUCGCCCGUUGGCAUCAAAGAUCUUUGGUGGCAAUGGGCGACACCAGCCCCCACCGCCUCGCCGCCGGCCCUCUACCGCCUCGCCGGCAAUAAUAUUUACAGCGGAUUUACACCCGAGCACGGCUCAGCAAACUAACGCAGAAAGUGCUGGAAUACCACGCUUCAGGCGCAGUAAGCCCUCUCGGCGACUGUCAUUGCUUGCUGCAGAAGAGCGCUGUGCGCAGCGAGUUGCAGGCUGGGAGAUGUAGUCCACUCGCCAGCGUUCUAUUCGAAAAGAGGACGAAAUAAGACUGCAUUAUCCAGCAUCCAACGAUCGGCCGAGAUGUUUUGGACCAGGCAUAGCAGUGAAAUGGGCAAAGCGCUGCAAUCCUUUGGAGGGUGGCGGAGGUGCGAGCUGCAAUGAGAUUGGAAAAGUGCAUUUAUAUAUUUGUUGGUUUCUCACUUCGUGUCAUUCAUUGGUAGGCAGCAGCUGCAUAGUAUAGUCGGCCGAUUAGAUUCCAGAUAUAAAACCUAUUUAGGGACGGAUUUUUCUUUUCUUAAUCUGCGGAUUGUCUUUCUGGAAUUAAGAAGAUGGUUAUUCGUGUGUUCACCGCCUCCUCUUCAGCCUCUAUUGCGAUCAAGAAGCGACAACACGAUGUGGUGGGAUUCUUAGAGUCUAACAAGAUUGAAUUUGAAGAGAUUGAUAUAACAAUGUUGGAAGACCAGAGAUUGUGGAUGUACCACAACAUCCCUCAGGAGAACCAGCCUGCUCAAGGAAACCCACUCCCGCCUCAGAUAUUCAACAAUGAUGCCUAUUGUGGAGAUUACGAUGCAUUCUUCGAAUCAAAAGAAAACAAUACGGUUGCAAUUUUUUUUGGUUUGAAACCAAAAUCUACAUCACAGGAUUCUGAACCAUAGUUCCUUGAAAGCUCACCUGUAACCCAAAUGGUUUGUCUUGUGUAGAGCUGGCUCUAAGCUUGGCUAUUCAUUAUUGGAACACCUCAGCACAAUAAAUGCCUUGUGUUAUGUCGUCGACCAUUGCUUUCUAUCCCAGCUUACCACAAUGAAACCUUUUAGCUAUAACGGUAUUAGAAGAAAAGUAUAACUGGUCAUGUCAACUACACAUGAAACAGUCAAGUUCUUUGCUAAACUGGAUGGAUCCUGUUUGCUGCUUGCCACCUUGCCUUAUUAAACCUUGGUUUAUUUGAACAGUGUUGUACCUGCAUUGUACCUGUGUUCUGCCUUCACCAACCCCAAAAUUUGUGCUCAAAUAUUAAAGAGACAUUCUUCAGGUUCAGAUCAUUAAUCUAAGGACAAUCCCCUAUGUAUGCCACUAUAUACUAUAGGUGGUGAGCAACAGAAGAAUGGACAGAGUUGUACGGAUGAAUCUCAACUAAAGGGGUCUGGAGUUGUACAUGUCUUCUUUAUGAAAAUACUUUACACUGAAGGCUGAAAUGUUUUGAGGAACUGCUGCUGUUAUUUCCAUCUCUACUCUGCAGAAAACAUGCUGAGAUCAUUGCUGGAGCAAUGCCAGUAAAUGCCUACUGCAGUAUUUAAUGCAAGCAAAGGCACAAUACUAAAUCACAUGACGGGUGUAAAAGUAUUAAAGGCUUUUUGUUUUUGCUGAGACACUGAUUUGCCAAGCAUUUGUUAUUGUAUUUUGUAUUUAUUAUCAAUUUUGUCCAGAAUCUUUGCAAUAGCAAGACAUAUUUAAUGCAGACAGUGAGUAUAAUGCAUCUUGGAACAGUAGGCCCAUUAUUUUAGUCAUUAGGUAUUCUUAAUGUUAAAUUAUGACCUCAAGUGCAGAAAGCAGAGGAAGGGAUACUUGGCUAAGUGGCAUCAUGUGGUAAAAUGUAAUUAAAAAAUCACAUGCCAAGCACUGUCCUCCAUGAAACGUGUUCUUUACAGGACCAUAAAGCUGUAAUCUUAAACAUCAAGAACCAUAUUGAGGGAAAAAUAUAUUGGAGAAAUACACAGAGCACAAAGUGCAAAAUCCAGAUUGGGUUAAGAUUAUUCUGCCCAGUCACCAAUCUGCAUGGGCUGACCACGAAGCCAAUAAUGUCAUCUGCACAAGAAUCAUAAAUACAAUUGAUGUGUCUAAUGUAGACCAAGUAAAUAUUCAGCUGAAAAAUGGGAUGAUCCCAUGGAAAAUCUGCGCCCCAAGGGUUAUUAUAUCAACGUACAUAAGAUUAUUAAACUCACAGUUAACCUCCGCUUGAUGUUGUGUAAUGUAUGAUGUGAGGUUUUCUCCCAACUGAUUAAUUGGGAGACCAAAGUUAUUGUUCUCUAUUCCAACCAUGAACUCCAUUCCUUUGGUGACAUUUUUGACCCACAAAUUCAGACCAAAUACAUAUGCAUUUAAGUGUGUCUGGAGGAACUGCAGAUGUUGGUUUGCACCAAACAUAGUCACAAAAUCCUGGAGUAACUCAGCGGGCCAGGCAGCAUCUCUGGAGAUAAGGAAUAGGCAACAUUUCAGGUCAAGACCCUUCAUCAGUGAACAGGAGGGAGGGGAGGGGAGAGGAGGAGAAAUUCAAACCAGAGGUAUUUUGAGGAGAUUUUGCAGUGGGGCAGACAAAAUGUGUAGGAAGGAACUGCAGAUGCUGGUUUACACCAAGGAUAAACACAAAAUGCUGGAGUAACUCAGCGGGUCUGGCAGCAUCUCUGGAGUAAAGGAAUAGGUGUGUUUCAGGUUGAGAUGCUUCUUCAGACUGGGAGAUGCACCUAGGACUACAUUGCUACUUGAACUUGCCCCUGCCUCAGCUCAUUAAAACUUAAAUCCUCAUCCAUGGAUCCUUUUAGCCAUCAAAAAUGUAUCCAUUGCAUCUUUCAAUAUUAAGACUUGGUGUCCACAGUUUUCAGAAUAGCGAAUAAUAUAGAUUCACAAUCCUCUGAUCUCAUCUCAUUCCGUACCCCAAGCCAAAGCUUACGGUUUGGAACUCUUCACGCAGGGAAAACAGAGGUUUGGCAUCUAGACAGUCAUCACUAAUGCUUCAAUUAAAUUUUUGCGCAUUUCAAAACUCAGGUGAUCCCAAGAAGCAAUCUAGUGAAGAUGUAAAAGACUACAGGUGCUGGUAUCUUGAGCAAAACACAAAGUGCUGGAGGAACUCAGCAGGUCAGACAGCAUGUAUGGAGGGAAUAGACAGGCAACGUUUUAGGUUGGGACAUUCUUCAGACUGUUUGGAGUAGUGCGGAGAAAGCUGGAAAAGAGAGCUGGGGGUGAAACAAAGUCUGGCAAAUGAUGGUUGGAUACAGGUGAGGAGGGUUUGAUUGGCUGAUGGGUGGAGAAGUGAUAAAGGCUAAAGAUGGGUGGAAUGGUGGUGUAGUAGUAGAGUUGCUGCCUUAUACCGCCAGAGACCUGGGUUCCAUCUGACUAUGGGUGUUUUCUCCAGGUGCUCCAGUUUCCUCCCACAUUUCAGAGACGUACGGGUAUAUAGGUUACGAACUUGGCUUUGGUAAAAAUUGUAAAUUGUCCAUGGUGUGUCGGAUAGCGCUAGUGUACAGGAUGAUCGCUGGUCGGUGCGGACUUGGUGGAUUGAAGGGUCUGUUUCCACACUAUAUCUCUAAUCUAUAGUAAAGUCCAAAGUGAAAAGGAGUCUGAUUAGGAGAGGAGUGAGUAUCUACAUUGUAUUAUCUGCAAGGCAAGUGGUUCUGUCCCAUGGUGUGGCGACCAAAACUAAACUGCAAGUGCACAAAUACACUGACUCCUUUUAUCUUACACUCCAACCCAUUUCCAUUAAAAGCCAAUGCGCCAUUUACCACCUUAAUUGUUGGCAGUACAAACAUUCCUAGAUUUAUUUGUACCUCAAUAUUUCUUCAAUCCCCAAGUUUAAAAAUAUUCUGCUUUAUAUUCUUCCAAUCAAAGUGACCAAAUGUUUAUUUUCUUUAUACUAUCUGCCACCUUCCAACUAACUCACUUAACCUGUCUUUAUCCAUUCAGUUUUGAUCUACUUGUAUUGCUUAAAGACAUUGUGUCAUUGUAAAUUAUGUAAUCAAUUGAAGAAAACAGCAGUUAGCUUUAUUUUUUCAUAUUUCCAGCUUGAUAAACAGUUUCCAAUUAGUUUGGGAUACUAGUAUACAAAUGUUACCCCUCUUUGUAAAAUAAGAACAAGUAGCACUCUUUAAAAACUAAACACGUUGACACGUUUGUGCUCAUGGCCAUGAAUGCUCAAGUGGUGAUUAUUAUACAUAAUAAAUGAUGUCAUUUAAAUCAUUUAAACUAGAAGCAUUGAUGAUAAUUUAGUAAAUAUUCAAGGGGAAAUUGUACCAACUAGCAGCAUGUUAUGUGCAUUUAUAUACACCUGUAUCUUGCUCUAUCCAUCAUCCCACACUCUUCAUGCAGACAAGUUCUUGACUGGUUUUGAUGGACAAUGUGUGAUUUAAUUUUUAAAAUCCCUGUUACGUUUCGUCAAAUCAAAUUUAUAAUCUUAAUGUGUAUGCUUCAAUUUCACUGUAAAAAUGUGAGGAUUAUCUAAAUAAAUUACCAGCGGUGCAUCUUUCUUUAUAUGGCCAUCCUGAGUCGAGCUCACAAAUUACUCUGUUGCCUAUGUUAAGUGUGCUUAAGAUAUUUUAAGCAAGUCCAUUCACCAGAGGGGCUAUUUAAACAUUGGUAAAACCUGAUGAAUGCCUUGUGUUGAAAAUUGCCAUACACUGCUAUGAAUCAAAAGGCCACGCUUUGAUACUAUUUUCGUUCGGAUAUGAUGACAGGCACCUUGAUUCUGGGAUGGUUGGAAUAGAACAUCCUUCUACUUUAUAACGGGUGACCAAUACAAAAUCUCAGCAGAGAAGUUGAUGGUAAAUAUGAUUUUCAAGCCAUGAUGUGCAACCAAUGUGAAAAUUGUAAUGUAAUUAGCCAUUACUUUUGCUAGUAGCAUUACUGCUUCAUAGCUUGAGUGAUCUGAGUCUGAUCCGGAUCUUAGGUGCUCUCUGUGUAAAGUUGGCACUUUCUCCCAUUGACCUCAGUGCUUCAGUUUCUACCUGUGUCCCAAAGAUGUGCUGGCAAUUUAAUUGGCUCUUAUAUGAUCCCUCGCAUAGGAAUGCGGAAGGAAGGAGUGGGUGGGUACAUGAGAAGGUCCAGGUUGCAGAGAGAUAAGGGGGGCAUGAGACAGCUUGAUAUCCUUUGAGAAAUAUGCUAAAUGGACUCCUGUUGGGAAAUAUGAGG